AUGGGCAACACCACAAGUACCGUGCUGGACAACAUUGUCCAAGGAUCCAACUUUGAUAGAGAGGAGGUCGACCGGUUAAGGAAACGGUUUAUGAAACUCGACAAGGAUAAUUCUGGCACAAUCGAACGAGACGAAUUUCUUAGCCUUCCUCAAAUCUCCUCCAACCCGCUUGCGACACGCAUGAUCGCCAUCUUCGACGAGGACGGCGGCGGCGACGUCGACUUCCAGGAGUUCGUGUCGGGCCUCAGCGCCUUCAGCAGCAAGGGCAACAAGGAGCAGAAGCUGCAGUUCGCCUUCAAGGUAUACGACAUUGACCGCGACGGCUACAUCAGCAACGGCGAGCUCUUCAUCGUGCUCAAGAUGAUGGUGGGCAGCAACUUGAAGGACCAGCAGCUGCAGCAGAUUGUCGACAAGACGAUAAUGGAGGCGGACCUGGACAAGGACGGCAAGAUUAGCUUUGAGGAGUUUACUAAGAUGGUGGAGAAUACGGAUGUGAGCAUGAGCAUGACUCUAGACCAAUUCUAA